AUGUCUGCCAUUCGGUCUUCGCUCAGAAUUGCAAGUCCUUUGCUGCGUUCGUGUAGACCUAAUGCCGUCUACCGAGCACACGCUGGAGCCUGUGCAUCGGCUGCGAGAUUGCAAGGACUACCCAGCAGACUUCACCAAGCCACACCAGCCGUAGUACGAUGCUAUGCUUCGUCCACUGAGCAAGGCAACUCCAAAACAGGUCUCUAUGACCUCCAUGUAGCCAAAGGAGCAAAGAUGGUGCCUUUUGGAGGAUACAUGAUGCCAGUCCAAUACAGUGACCUAGGCGUUGGCGAAUCACAUAGAUGGACGAGGGAGAAGGCUAGUCUGUUCGACGUCAGCCACAUGGUGCAAUAUCACUUUACUGGACCCGGAGCAACUGCAUUCCUAGAGAAGAUCACACCUGCUGAUCUGCAGGCGCUACCACCUCACCAAUCAACUCUCUCGGCUCUGCUGCACCCUGAGACUGGCGGCAUUGUAGACGACACAAUCAUCACCCGCUUGGGCGAAGACAAGUUCUAUGUGGUGACCAAUGCCGGCUGCAGAGAAAAGGAUGCUGCUUUCUUGACCGCAAAUCUGGAUGCUUGGAACAAUGCCAACCAGCCCCGUGUGGACAAGACCGAACUUAANAACCAAGGUCUUGUAGCUCUUCAAGGUCCCCUGGCGGCUGAUAUCCUGCAAGGUGUCCUCGCCCCUUCCUCGGACGAUAUCGACCUCAAGUCUCUCUACUUCGGCACAUCCAAGUAUCUGACUCUCAGAUUCGCGUCCGGUGAGACCUCGAAGCCGGUUCUCGCCUCUCGUGGUGGUUACACCGGCGAAGACGGGUUCGAAAUCUCCAUCUCACCCGAAGACACAGUCGCUAUAACAGAACUACUCCUUACCGCUGGCGGACCCGAGAAGUUGCGUCUUGCUGGCCUAGGCGCUAGAGAUUCGCUCAGACUGGAAGCUGGCAUGUGUCUAUACGGCCACGAUCUCGAUGAUAGCACAACGCCCGUUGAAGGCGCUCUCGGCUGGAUCGUCGCAAAAUCACGCCGCUCGGCNCCCCGCAACGAAUUCAAUGGUGCAGAGGUCAUCCUACCGCAACUAGUACCCGUGAGCAAAGGCGGAAAGGGCGUUUCCCGUCGUCGCGUGGGACUGCUCGUCGAGGGCGCUCCCGCUCGCGAAGGUGCACAAAUCGUGGACGCCGAAGGCCAAGUCAUCGGUGUCGUUACCAGCGGCUGCCCUUCCCCUACACUGAAGAAGAACAUCGCCAUGGGAUACGUCAAGGACGGUCAAUAUAAAUCCGGCACUGAGUUGGGCGUCGUCGUCAGGGGCAAGACGAGAAAAGCCACUGUGACAAAGAUGCCUUUUGUGCCCAGCAGAUAUUGGAAGGGAGGUAUCUCGCCGGCUUAA